AAGAGCCCAUCAGCUUGGACCGCAUCUCGGAGCAGCUGAGCUCCGGCCUGGACGCGGGCCAAGCCUGUCUGGUGUCAAACCAGCCUGAACAGAUACUCUCAGACAUCUCAUUUCUUCACCUCAUUCCUGAGACGGGACUCUGCCCACCCCUUGUGUAAAGCAAUUUAAACCUGAUAGCUCAUCAUCUCCUCUGAAAAUAUUUGCUGGACUAUCAGACGGUCGCGCUUAGUCACCGCGCAGGAGCAGAGUCGGUCAUGGCUUUUACGCGCAGACCUCCGUCCUGUGAUGAUCCAGUUUUAAUCCAAGUUUGAUUUGGAGACUUAACAAGUUGUGGCUUCUCUAAUGUUUUAUAUUCUUCUUUCAUCAGUGGAAAUGCUCCGUCCGGAUCCAUAAAGGACCAACGUUUGGUUAAUAUGAACUUAUUGCCAAGUGGAAUAUGUUUUUAUUUAUCUGUAGCAAUCUGCUGGCUGACGGCCGAGGUCGAUGCGUCCUGGUGGUACAUGGGCACCCUGGGCUCCCAGGUGAUGUGCGACAACAUCCCUGGUUUGGUGAACAAGCAGCGCCAGCUGUGCCGCCAGCACCCAAAAGUGAUGCAGGCCAUCGGGGCCGGGAUAAAGGACUGGAUCUCAGAGUGCCAGCACCAAUUCCGCAACCACCGCUGGAACUGCAACACCACGGCCAGGGACCACAACCUGUUCGGACGCCUGCUGCUACGCAGCAGCCGCGAGGUGGCCUUCAUGUACGCCAUCUCCUCGGCCGGCGUGGUUUACACGUUGGCGCGAGCCUGCAGCCAAGGCGAGCUGGACUCCUGCUCCUGCGAUCCCACUAAGAAGGGCUCGUCGCGGGACGCCAAGGGCUCUUUUGACUGGGGCGGCUGCAGCGACCACGUGGAGCACGCCAUGCGCUUCAGCCAGGCCUUUGUGGACGCCAAGGAGAGGAAGGAGAGGGACGCCCGGGCGCUCAUGAACUUGCACAACAACCGAGCCGGCAGGAAGGCGGUGAAACGCUUCAUGACUCUGGAGUGUAAAUGUCACGGCGUCAGCGGGUCGUGCAGCGUUCGGACCUGCUGGCUGGCCAUGGCCGACUUCAGGCGCACGGGAGACCACCUUCGUAAGAGGUACAACGGCGCCGUGCAGGUGGCCGUUAACCAGUACGGCACUGGGUUCACUGCCGCGCACGCGCACUUCAAACGACCCAGCAAGAAUGACCUCGUGUACUUCGAGGACUCGCCGGACUACUGCAUACGGGACCACGAGUCAGGGUCGAUGGGGACGGGGGGGCGUGUCUGUAACCGGACGUCUCGCGGCGUCGACGGCUGCGAGGUGAUGUGCUGCGGCCGAGGCUACGACACGUCGCGGGUCAGCCGGACCACCAAGUGCGAGUGCAAGUUCCACUGGUGCUGCGCCGUGCGCUGCCGAGACUGCCACCAGCAGGUCGACGUGCACACCUGCAAGAGCCAGACGUGACGGGACGCUGAACUGGUCGCGCCGGUUGCCGAGUACAAAACCGCUGCUUCUGUACUGGGCCGCGAGGACGUUUAGACUCAUUUCACUGCACUUCACCUGUCAAUCAAACUGUAGGUGGCGCUCUUAUCUUUGCUGCACGUGCGAAUCACUCCUCUCCUGUUUAUUCCAAACAGGAGUCGCUUCUGUCUGCCGGAGGACGUUUCCCACAAAGAGCCUCCACACACGAACGCUUUCAUCAACGUGUUACAGAUCCAAAGAGUAACGAGCUGUUAUUUCAGAAUGAAUCAGUCAGCACAAACUGGUUCACGCUGCAGCUGCUUUCCCUCCAGGCACGCGUUUCCUCCCGUGUUUAAUCUUUAAAGUCGCUUCAGGCUCCGUCACAAACAGAUGCAGAAUUUGAUCCGAUGGAUAAAUCGUUUGGGGGGAAAUCUACUCGUAAAAAAGAAAUAUAUUGACAGAACAUCUUAAAUUCUGUAAUCUACUGUCGUGUUGCUGAGAGCCUCUUUAAUGCAAACGACCGCUCACAUCACCUGUCUGACAGGUUUAGUUUUGCUGACUGCGGGAUGUUUUCCUCUCGUUAAGGUUUCUUAAAGCGGCACCUUCCAUUUUCACCAGCAGCCGAUCACGACAGCGAGGUCAGCGUUUGCAGCGUCUCCUCCUGCGUGUUUUUAAUUUCACGGUUUCACCAGACGUCCUCACCGAAGAACAUUAAUUAGUUUUUGUCACGUCGGCGGCUCCUCGCCCUCCAACAUGGCAGCGUGUCGACCUUCUGGUGAUGACGGUGCAAACACGCUGCUCUGCGUGUCGCCGACGGGUCAAAAGAAGCUAAAGCUCAAGUUACAGGACUGAAGCUCAGUUAAACAGCAACAACUCUUCACACCCACAGGAAACAUGAGGGGGACCUGCUUCACUUAUUUUAAAGACAUUUCCCCCGAAAGGCAACAAGUUAGCAGCUGCGUGUGUUGGUUCUCGGUCGGCUUCUUAGCGGUGAUUCAGUGAGCGUGAUUACAUGCACAGAAACUUGAAAUGUGUCGCUGUAAUCAGUUUGACAGCGAUUAAGAUAAUUAAGUUCUCCUCUCUGGCCCUGCUCUCAUUUCAGGGAGCAAGUGAGACAUCUUGUUUUAAGGGGACAGUUCACCCCAAAAUCAAACACGCUCUUCCUCCUCUCACCUGGAGCGCUGUUCAUCCAUUAUUGUGCUGUUCAUCAAUCUCGAUUGUUUUGGUCUGAGUUGCAGAGUUCUGGAGGCUCGUGCUCAUGACAGCGGGGAAUGUUUAACGUUAGCUAGCUGCAUCUGUUGGCUAAAAACUCAUCUCCACAAGCUAGCUGUCAGACCUUCUGCGCUGUGAUGCAGCUGGUGGGUGUAGUCCGGUAGAAAGAAAGAGUUCCUACCUGAAACUGCUCACAACAAGAUCAGAGGAUUAUCUCCAGUAACCAGGUCACGAAUCCUGAGAACUCAGCAACUCACACCACAACAGUCUGGAUGGAUUAAUAGCACUGCAGCUGAGAGAAAAAAAGGUUUUAGAUUUUGGGGUGAACCCUUAACUUAUUAUUAGACCAGUUGCACACCUUCACCACCUACAGGUAAGACACAGCAACCUGUUUGAGCCUGCAGGUGUAUGUGGGUGGAUGCUGCCUCCUACAGGCAAAGCGAUGAACACUUUUAACACGUGCAGACGUCAUUUCUGUAGCUUCAGUUUUGAUUGUGUUUAUUCACAUUUAACAUUCGCAAAGAAAGAAAGAGCUGCAGCGCCUGACUGACAGCAGAAAAGCAAAGACAACCUGCUAGCAUUGCAGCAGCCAUUACUUUCCUCGCCUGUAGGUGGAGACAUUAACGCAUCUGCAGCUGCUGAGCUUUUCAUACCUGAAGGUGGUGCAGCUCUGACACUGGAUGGAUGUCAUUGGCUUCACCUGGAUCACAUCUAUUGUUUUCUAAAUGCAAUUUCAGACACCUGCAUGUAAACACACUCACUGUUAACUGUAGCCCCCAAAUCCAUCACACACACACACACACACGCUUGCUCAGUCUGGACAAACAUUCGGUUCACAGAGGAAUAAAGUUCAGCCACCUGCUGUCACCCAGAUUUAAUCUUCAGUUGUUUCUUCUCUGUUUUACUGUAUUUAUUUACUCUCCAGCAUGAGCAAACAUCUGAAUUCCUUUGAGAGAAGAUGACUGAUGCUGAGUCUGUAACUAACCGGCUACCUGAGAAGAAAAUACAACCUGUACAUGCAGAAGAAAUGACUCAGCACACACAGCAGACCUGCCAGGCCUCUCUUUCCUUCUGUAAAUAUGUGGUUGUGUAAAUUAAAGUCAGAUGUAUAGUGUAUGGAAACAUUAUCUGAAACCAAUAGUCACAUUUUAACCAAUAAACACGUCACUUCCUCCUGCUGUGUCAGCCAAUCACAGGACAGGACCUUCUGAUCAACAGCCUGCCGGAGCAUAAAACUGCUGAUGUCUGUCACAGCUUUUGUUUUGAUAAUCGUUAGAAGUUAAUUGCUGAGAUUGAUCGCAGACGUCCAUCAGGGAGAAACAUCUGAUUGGUUCUCGGCGAUUAAAAGUCUGUUCAAGGUUCAGCUCUUACCUACAAAUCAUGUACUCUUCGGUUCGGUUUUUGCUGAUCAGUUUUAAUUUGCUGGCUUUCCAGGCAGUGUGGCCUGAAAAUCAAUUCAAGUCUGGAUUAAUCUUCCUCACUCCUCUGCAUCACCGUUUGUGUUCAUCUGAAACAAAGGAGCUUGUUUUUUUUUUUUUUUAUUCACUGCGAUGAAUGUUGUGGUCGAGGGGCUCAAAAGUCUAAAAGCACCGCUCUUUAAAACACGUUUCAUGUGUGUUUUUAUCAAAGUUAAAUCAAAGACUAAAGCACCUGGCGGCUGCAGGUGAAGCUCUUCUUCUACCUGUGGAGUCACAUGUUAGACAGUGAAACGGCAGAAACUUACCAGGUUUGUGUUUUGUGGCUGUCUGAGCAGCUCCAGGUGGCGAGAUGAACCGUCUCAGCCGCUAAACAGCGCCGCAAUCAAAAUGGCGGGAAGAAGCCGGCUUGCAGCAAUACACAAAAAGUCCUUUAUUGUAUUUUUUUUUUUUGUCUUCUCACUUUUUUAAUGAUGGCAAUUGAUCACCUCUUUUUGUACAACAAAAACAGCUUUAAAUGAUUGAAAACCCAAAAAAAUGCAAACAUAUCAAAUAAAGUCAAAACCAAUUCUGGA